AUGUUGUGUGAAAACGCCAUAGUCAACCGAGCAUUCGCUUGGAAGAGACUCGCACUCUGGGACUGGCCACCUCAGAGAAUUGUAGCCCUCUCCCUGCUGGCUGUGGCGCACGCGCACCCGGUCGCCGUCUCCCACGCCUCGCGUGUGGACCACAUCGGCCACCACGGCCACAUCGGCCAUCUCGGAAACAUCGGACAUCUCGGCCACAUCGGCCACGUGGGCCACCUCGGCUAUCUGGGCCAUCUCGGCGGCUGGGGGGGUUGGGGCGGCCACUUGGGCGCGUGGGGAGGUCACCACCUUGGCAUCGCCCAUGGACAUCAUGGCGGAUGGCACCAUGGCCAUCACACAUGGGCACACCCCAAUUACAACUUCGCGUACUCCGUGUCGGACCCGCACACCGGUGACCACAAGUCCCAGCACGAGACCCGGCACGGAGACCACGUGAGGGGCGCCUACUCGCUGGUGGAGCCCGACGGCAACCUUCGCUCCGUGCACUACUCUGCUGACGACCACCGCGGAUUCAAUGCCCAUGUUCACCACUCAACGGCCCAUCAUCAUUUGCAUCAUCUGCAUCAUCAUCAUUAGACUCAACAACGUACCGAAUCCUACCUCGACCAGAACUUUGGCUAUUAUUUAUUCUUGUGAGGUUGGCACUGCUCUCGGUGCCAUAACUACUACAAAUAGUGAACUUUUCUCCGCAUUUUCCCUCACAUUUGGAACGCCAGCGCUGACGAUUAAAAGCAUUUUUUUCGACUGCAUUGUUUUAUUUAACUACAUUU